UUGGGGAAUCACAGCAACAAACACAAAAAUUGUCCAAGACUCUCUUAUGUGGGUGGCAGCAGCCAGUGUCUGCCAAGGAGAGGGCACAGCCCUUGGGAGCAGAGGAGGGUGGCAGCAGUGACCAUCCAUCACACUGUGGUCCCUUUAAAUCUUCUUCUCCACUUGGCAGCUCCAAUUUUUCAGUGUUGCUAUAGCAAAUCUCCAUGGCAAUGACCCUAAUCAGAGAAGGGGGGAUGCAGAAGGGGCGCAUGCUCCGAGUGGCUGCUGGAGCCUUCCCUGCUCACUUCAGCUGCUCCAAGGCUCUGGCACACAGGAGAGGAGACGGAUCAGGCAGGGAAGACAGCCUGAAUUAUUGACGAGAGCGAUGGCGCUGCCGUCCUUGUGGAGCGAGAUGCGCGUGGGGAUCCUGCUCCUCUCGGCGCUCAGCCUGCUCAGCGCCGGGCUCGUGGGCGCUGCCCAGGACCCCGGGAAUGUCAUUCCUGCAGAAAGCCGUCCCUGCGUUGACUGCCACGCGUUCGAGUUCAUGCAGAGGGCGUUGCAGGACCUCAAGAGGACGGCUUACAGCCUGGACACUCGGACAGAUACCCUCCUCCUGAGAGCAGAAAAGAGAGGCCUGUGUGAUUGCUUUCGUGCAAUACACUGAAAUAAGCCUGGGAUUUGGCCAAUGGACAUUUACUCAUUUUUAAAAUGCUGUUCAGUAAAUUACAGGAAGAUACCGAGUGCAAGUUGUGCCCCAUCAUAAGGAAAAGGACUUUUAUCAAAACAGGUAUAUCUCAGUUAGAUUUUUUUUUUUUUUUUUCUUUGUUGUGAUUUAUCAUUUACUCUAUGUGAUAUUGCAUCUGCUGAAAUGUCAAGAGAAGAAACAGUUCCAAAGUCUUGCUUAUGGGUUUUAUGCAAGGAUAGCAUCCUGCUUUUUUUGGUUUUUCAAGCCAAAAAUUCUCCUUGGACUCUCAGGCCAACCUCUUGGCUUACGUGAAUGGCCAUAGAUCUGUGAAAGUCAGUGAAGUCAAAUUUUAAAAUGUAUUUAUAGAAGAAUAACAUGAAAAGGAAGUUACUUUGCCAUGAUGCAUAGAUAAACAUUUACAAACAAGCAGAGUUGACAUUAUAUAAAAAUUAUAGUUACCACUGACUGCUUGGCACUCCAAGGAAAGGAUUUGUUCCCCAAUUGUAUCAAUAGUCCAGCGCACAGCAAACACAGUAAUCUGUCUCACAAUUUCAAUUUCUUCAGAGCCACACAGUAGCUGUGAUCUUUUUGGAGAGAUUUAUUAAGUAUCUAAUGUGAUCAGUAACAUUUGUAGUCACAUGAAUACUGCCUGGCAGUUGAACUGAUUGCGUCUGCCAAAAGCUUCUGGAGAAGUGUCUUUCAUUAAGCAAAUCACAUGCUGGACUGAACCACUCAAACUGGCCUCUACAGAGAGCUUUGGCAGAGAGCCUACACAAUGCUGCCUGCCCAGGAGUGUCUUGUAAACUGUAUUUUGGGAAAUACUUAAAUUCUACCAAAAUGUUCCUUUAGUUCUUGCAUGGACUCAGCACUCCGUCAGGGUGGGUUACAGUGCGGAUGUUGUUCGUAUUCCUGCUGCAGCAGGAGACAAGAGAGAACCAAACAAUUAAGCAGUGUAGUAGUAGUAGACACCAAGACUGUGCCUUGUUACUCUUUAAAAAAGAACAGCAAAUCCUUUCUCAUUGUUUGCAUUUUUUCCUUGAUUUUGGGAAAGAGAUCAGAAAAUGGCCCCAGUGGAAAGUUCUUGUUGAUAAUGGAUUUUUCAUUGGGGUUAAAAUAUCAUCCCCAAAGUAGAGAUUUGUGUAUCAGCUGGAUACACAUAGAUACCUAUGUACAGGCUAGAAACUUUUAUACAAACAAGAAUACAAGAGCAGGAUCAACAAAAAAGAUGUUUUCAAAGUCAUUUUACUAAUUCUUGUCAGUAUGUCUGUCUUUCCAUAAGUGGCGGGUGGUUUUGAUAUUUUGUUCUCAACCUGCUCAGUAAAUUGGGAUGGAAGCUAUCUUUAUGUUUCCACACUGCUUCUCUCCAUUUUGUCUACAACAUAAAACACAGGGAAAUUGGAAACUUUGACCCUCUGCCAACUUAUUAUUGCAUGAGCAGUCACACUCAGUAACACAGUAAAGGAGUGUGUUGCCAUAUAUUUUGCCAAAGUUGUUUGAAAAGUCUGUGGUUCUCAGCGAAGAAAAACUUCCUUGCACCUGCAUUUCAAAUGAGAAAUCUGCUUUGUCCUUUGUAGUGUUCCAGCAAACCCCUUUAUAGGUCCUUGGGACCUGUUUUGUGUACAAGAGAAGCAGCAUGACACAGCAACAGCUCCCUUCUGGUAGAAUCACACCGCACUGUGGCACCCGUCAGUAGAGAAAUAGAUGUUUCCCACACAGACCAAAUUUUAUUAUACAAAGCAAACAGCAGGAUUAACACAGCUUCCUUGCAAAAUACCAGCCUUUGGCUUCUUUACUCCCAGUUAUAUUUGGACCAAAGUAAUGCAAAGCUUUUGAGCCAGCUUUUUGCAGGGGAUGGAGUCCCAGCACCGAACCUGUGAAUUUUCCAGCACAGUUCCCCUUUUCAGGGGGCAGCAUGUCUAUGGUUUGGUAUUGCUAUUGUGCAUGCUUAUUCUGCUGAUACCCUAAAGAAUCUUGCAAAGUUCUGUUGCAAGAACUGGGUGGGGGUUUUUUUAUUUAUGUUUCAUUUAGAAAAAUGGUUGCUCCCAGUUGAGUUUUGAUAUAUGCAGCUUGGUAUGAUAGGAAGGUGGAAUGAAUGACAAGUGGAUGUUGUCUGACUCCCAAAGGGAUCAGAGUGACACUGCAACUUUAUGGCUGUAACAGAGUGAUUAUUCUGUACUUCUCUUUGUCUAUAAUACCACACAAUAAAAGGGCAAGAUGCAUUAUAGUAUUUGGUGUGCUGUGUUUCUGAUUUGACAAAUUGAUGGUGCUUAUGCAUUAAUUAAUGUCUGUUCUUUAAUUAGGUAGAAAAUACACAGAGAAAAAAUGCUGGUUUUAAUACAAAAAAAAACCCUUGCAUUUGGACUAAAUGCAUUAAUAUAUUUUUUGCUGAAGUAGAAAAUCCAACUCACUCUUAUUUGAAAUAAAGUUACAGAAAUGAUUUUGUGAGCUUCUUUGACAACUUCUUACUUUAUACUUGGUGGUUUUGAUAAAGUUCCUUAUAACUGAAGGAUGGCAUGAAAUAAAAAUGGAACUAGAUAGUUUUAAUUUAUUUUUGCUCAGGAAGUGAAUUUAACUUCAGAACCCCUGGAGUCUCCACUUUACUAGAAGAAACUAUGUAUUUUACAGAAGGAUUUAAUUGCAGGAGUGCUUAAAGCAGAAAGAUUUUUCUCCCACCCAACACUUCUGGGGUUUUUUUUUUUGGUUUUUUUGGGGGGUUUUUUUUUUUUGGUUUUUUUGUUUUUUGUUUUUUUUUUUUUUUUGCUGCAGAGCCAAAGCAGUUCUUGUGACAUUUGAAGCCAAGCUGUGUCUUCUCUUGGUGCAGUGCUACUGCUGAUAGCCCUGGGCAUGUGGCAUUUGUACACAGGGUGGAAUGCAGGUGGUAGCGUGUGAAAUUCACAGCCAAGUCCUCCCUGGGAGAGAAAUGCUAUAAUCACAUUAGUGUGGUGCUGUCUCUGGGCAGGCAAGGUGACAGAGAAAUCCUGGUAAUGAUCCCCACAUCUCCAGAGCCUCUCAUACCUGAGCCAGUGCCUUGUUUGGGUGUAAUUCUGUGUAUAUUCCAAGUCAUUUGUUUUGAACUGAGUCUCAGAACAACUCUCUGAAGACAUGUCUGGAUUUCAUUGUGGAAAUGGAAACACAGUUUACUUUGCUUGUAAUGUAGAAUCCUAUUAGGUAACAUCAAAGCUCAGAUUUCAAAUUCAGCUAGCUCAAUCUAGCUGACGAAUGGACUCUCUGGAAUACUCUGAAAAUCCUGUGGAAUACCCUCUCCAGAUGGAAACCUCAUAUUUAGAAACCAGUUAUGUCUCUUUACCCAGAACAAAUCUGUAGGUAACUCCUGGGUGAUCUGAGCAUCUGAUAUACAUUCCUCAUUUUCAGAGAAGUAAUUAUAAAUGGUGGAAGUAUUUCCUUUAAGAGUGACCAUGUGGUUUCUGUGCCCUCCUCUGCACCUGCCCCAGGGUGGAACCCAGAGCCAAGAGCUCCUCCUGUAGCAGUGGGACUCAUGGUUUGCACACAGAUCUCACCCUGAUGAGACAAAGCACUUGCUGAGCUGAAGGAGGCUAACAGGAAUCCCAGCUCAGUUCAAAGUUUAGUUCAAAGGUAAUUUAAAAGCUGAAAGGCUCUGAGGCUGUUGAGCCUUUUGUGAGGCAGAAAAGCAUAAAGGAUGUUUUCUCUUUGGAACUGGCACAAGGCAGAAGAUUUGCCCUUGCCCCUCUUGGCCUACAGAUAGAGACUCCGUUACCUAAAAGAGUGUUCUGUUCAGUUCUUCCCUGGCCAGGACUCAGUGCAUGAGAGAAGAGGGGAGCAAGUGUGGAGGGGAAAAGUCACCUGCCCUCUGCAGCCUGGCUGAGUUCCUGGCAAAUCAGAGAAACCAAAGGUGCAGCCUCCCAGGGAUUUGUGUGCUGAGCGUGGCAAGCAGGGGCUGCAGUCACUCUGGCUGAGGGCAGUGCUGCAGACCAAGCAGUGUCACAGCAGUGUCGGAGGCAGGAGCUGGAAAGGGGAGCCCAGAGAUGUGUGCAGUGCUGCAAAGCAAGGCAUCAUUGUUCACACUCUCAUCAAGCACGGCGUGUGAAAUUCCCAAACUUUCCAGAACCUGCUUUUGAGGCUGUGCAAUGAAAUGCAGAUGGAAGAGGUGGUUGUGAAUAAUCCCUGUGUUCCUCA